AUGAAGUGGUUGGAUACUUGCAAUUAUAAAAGCCAAUGUCAGGACUUGUUGAAGAAUCUCUCUGAAGCUGAAGCAAAGGCACUAGCCAAGGCCAGAGAGGUUAAACCCAUGCAAAUCCCAUUAGACAAACUAUCAGUAUUCUGGACUAAGCACGAAAAAACCGGCAAGGACGUAUUGUAUGUUGCAGAAGGAGACAAAGGGGAUGGCGUGGGUACUGAUGGCAAAGAAAUGGGGAUGGGGACAGGGACGGGAAUGGUGAGAACUGUCAUGAAUUGGGGUAUGUGGAUAAACUCUUUGGGGCUUGGUAUGGAUGAAAUGUGGGCUCCUGCGGGUGCCAAAAUCAGCUUAGGUGGAUCCAGCUCAAGAGAGGAUCUGCAUACGAGACUUCGCAUCGCAGUACCUAAUGUUCAGACUGGGGUGGAAAAUGCCAUCACAUUGGUGGCGCACCCAACAAAUCUCUUGCAACCUCUCACUAGCACAAACGUCUCCCAGUCAACUGUACUGUCUUCUGCUUGGGCGGGUGAAAGGCCGCCUGUCGCUAAAUCUCUUGAUGCACUUAAACUAUCCCACGUCUUAUACAAUUCCAUCCACUGGUGGAUGAACUCCUGUGAUCACGAGAGCACGCUUUACGGUAAUCCAGCGUAG